AUGAUUCCAGGCUGGAAGCUACUGAACUAUCAAUUUCUCAUCGCACUUGCCCUCUGCAUGUAUAUUCUUCCAGUCGCUGCAGAAUUGUUCCUUUGCGCCUGUCUGUGGAUUACGUCAAGACGUCAGCAAAGCAAGUGCAAAAUAAGGGGACAAAGAAGUGUGAGAUCGCGAGAUUGGAUGUCACCGGCGGGUUAUGGAAAUGUCAACUCGAGCAUUUUUGGAACUCCCCACGGACCAGUUGAUAACGAAGAUGCUUCCAGAACAAGUUCAAAAAAGCCCAAGCAUCUGAAACUUCAAGAAACGAUUGUUAAGUACGCCUACCUUGAUACAAUCAUCUACAGUUUUCUCUGGGGUCCAUGGUACCUAACAAUGCUAUUUGUUAUCAGAAUCGAAAGCUCAAAAUCUGUCCUUUACGUCGGUCAAAAUCUCCAGCAUCAAGGAAGAAUUAUGCACUUCAUCAUUUAUAUCGCCCUCAUUUUUGUCUAUAUCUACUUUGUUAUUUGGCCUCUGCGAUGCGUGAGAAUGGCCGAUCCGGAUAGCCGAAAACCUCAGCAAAGAGACUAUUCGAAAAUUUUGAGGAGCGAUCGGACUGAAGAACUUCCUCGAAGAGAAAGGAGGAAUGCAUUUAUAGAUGCCGCGAUCAGCCGGUCAAAUCAAAUUACAAAUCUAACGAGCGCGCUUUCUGAUGAAACUCUUUGCGCGAAUGAAGAACAAGAAGACAAUGUAAAAACUUAUAUAAAUAUCAACACGCUUGCAGUUUGA